AGGGCGAAGGGAAGGCGACGAAACUACAAAUCCCAGCUCUGGCAGCACCGGGAGAGCCGGGCUCGCCGCCCCUUUGCUUCCUCCUCCUCCUCCUCCUCCUCCUCCUGCGGCGCCCGGGCGGGGACGGGGCUCGGCGGGGCCGCAGAGUUAGCCCCAGCACCGCGGCUUUUCCGUCAUGUCAGAACCCAUCACGCUCAAUGUGGGAGGGAAACUCUACACCACCUCCCUGUCCACCCUGACUAGCUUUCCAGACUCCAUGCUGGGGGCCAUGUUCAGUGGGAAGAUGCCCACCAAGAAGGACAGCCAAGGCAACUGCUUCAUCGACAGAGACGGCAAAAUCUUCCGCUACAUCCUCAACUUCUUACGAACUUCUCACUUGGACCUCCCCGAGGACUUUCAGGAAAUGGGCUUGCUUCGGCGGGAGGUGGAUUUUUAUCAAAUCCAGCCUCUGAUCGAGGCCUUGCAGGAGAAGGAGGUGGAGCUUUCCAAAGCGGAGAAAAACGCCAUGCUCAACAUCAGCCUCGACCAGAAGACCCAGACCGUUCACUUCACCGUCCGAGAAGCGCCCCAGAUCUACAGCCUCUCCUCCUCCAACAUGGAAGUCUUCAGCGCCUAUAUCUUCUCCACUUCGUGCCUCUUCCUGAAGCUUCUCGGUUCCAAACUUUACUACUGCUUCAACGGAAACCUCUCGUCCAUAUCCAGCUACCUGCAGGACCCCAACCAUUUGACCUUAGAUUGGGUUGCGAGCGUGGAGGGCCUUCCCGAAGAGGAGUACACACGGCAGAACUUGAAGAGACUCUGGGUGGUGCCUGACAAUAAGCAGAUCAACAGCUUCCAGGUGUUUGUGGAAGAAGUGCUCAAAAUAGCCCUGAGCGAUGGCUUCUGCAUAGAUUCUUCUCACCCACACACUUCGGAUUUCAUGAAUAAUAAGAUUAUUCGCCUGAUUCGAUACAAGUAGGAAGGGCUGUUGAUGGUGGUGCCGGCGUGGAGAUAACACAGGUUAAGUGUUUCCCUCUAAAACACACUUACAGCCUAAUUCAGAAUCGUGCUUGCCUGGAUUAAGAGCCACUAACAGGGAGAUGAUUUUCCUUUAAUGUAUUUACCGAUGCCAUCUUCCAGAAUAUGGCCAUAUUCUAAGCAGGAGGAAUAUUGUCUAACACCUGAAUUCAGGGUUGGUUCUGUCUCUGCCUCCACCUCUAACCUGCUGUACAACUGUGGGGAAAAUCACUGAACUUCUACCCUUCCUACGUUCUCCGGUUGGAAAAUGGGAUGGUCCUUAACCUAUCCUGCAAGGGUGAUGCGAAUGUUCAGUCAUCAAGAUCUGGAGAGUAGCUGGAGACCUGACGCGGUGAAAGAAGCCAUGGAGCUACACUCCAGCGGGCACAUUUUCCUUCUCUUACCAUGCCACCUGCGUGGAGCACGCAAGAAACUUGUUGGAUCCACAGAGAAGAAGCCUCGCCACAUGGACUCAUCCAAUAUUGCUGCAAAGGACAGUGCGAACUGCACAUGAGUAGGGGAUCCUGUCCUAUCGCCAUCUGAAGGUGACUUUUUUUCCUGAACCCUGGGAGGAAGCCUGUUCUGCUUUCAGGGAAGCCGUGUUUGAAUGAUGUGCCUGACACUGGGAACGACCAAGAAAGCCAUAAGAGAGAGAAUGAUGUUCUUAAAAAUUGAGAAGAUUGUGUCUGUUGGGGAACUUUGCUUUGGAUGCUCUUAAACCUUUACAUUCCAAAGUCAUCCGAGACCACUGGUCCUUUUCCUUCCCUCACAACGCUAUAAUUUGUCCUGAGGAUGCUCCGAAAACUCUUAAGAGGUGAAGACAUCAAGAGGGCAGAGGACCCCAAAUAAAUUCUGAACGGUUGAACCUCUUCUGCCUGGACACGGCCUUCUUUUGGCCAUGUCAACCAGCAUGGGAUGGUUUCGAGGUAGGCUGGAUUCCAUCUGAAAGGACUAUUUUUCCAUCAUUACCCCCAGUAUUUCUAAUUACAAAGCUAGGGGCUCGUUUUUGCUGCACAUUGAGCCAUUUAUGAUGUCCUUGUGAACAGUCAGGCUGCUAAGGCAGCAUUUUGCCUUCUUGCUGGGAUUUCCUGUCCAGUCGUCAGAAAGAUUAGGCAGGAGGAAACCAGAGGUGACGACAGUGGUCAAGCCCUUUCCUAAAAGCUUGGCCUGGUGCUACGGUGAUCGAAAUGAUGAUUAGCUCAUCUGUGCCACGUUCAAGGUGGUUCAUUCUCAGCUAAUUACGUUUAGAAAUAUUUUAGGUGUCCCUAACCAGAUUGCAUGAGAGACCCCCCCGGAACAUUUCCCGUAACCUCUAAUGAGAUAGGAGGGAAAAUGCAAUAACCAACUUCUGCAUUUGUAAUUUUAUUGCUUCCAAAAGUUCUCGGUAGGGGGCUGCAAAGCUCAGUGUUGCUCAUGUUCUCGUUUCCCAAAGCAGCCAGUUGUUGCUGUGUUAAGCUGACCAGUAAGCAGCAUAAAAGUGUUUUGUACUGUUGUAAAAACAGCAAGAGAAAUAGAAUAAAUAACUUCUACUUCCCAAGCUGUAAUUGCAUGAACAACACAAAUCAGCAUGCUGCUGGUGAAAAUGCACAUUCCGUAGUUAUUAGCAACCUACUGUAAGCUUCUUUCCCUGUCUGCCAUGGUGCUAGACCCACCAGCACGAUGAUGGAAGUGGGACCAUGUUGUUAGGAAGCGCUGACUGGGAUUGAAAACCACGGAACCAUUAAACCUGGCCAGUUUUGUGAGCCUUGAGGAUGGUAAACAGUACGUUGUGACCAAAUUCCAGCUUGUGGCACCAUUCUUCGGGGUUAGGAAGCAGUAGGAAGAACUUUUUUUCCCCACUCCUGCCCUGAACUGUGAAGCAGAAGUCAUCUGUUCUAGGGGUUGCAGCGUGUCACUGACAAAGCAAAGCAAGAGCAAUGUGAAUCUUAUUUCUGCCACGAGUUUGCCGCUCAUUUGGACAUUCACAGCGAUGAUCUAUGCAUGUGAUCUUAUUGUGAUCUGUAAAAUGCCACACCUGAACCCUCCUUCAUCAAAUCUAUGCCUUCAAAAUAGGUAUGCCCUUGCUGAAUUUAUGGUAAUAGUUUUUGGGGGAUGUCAACCGCAUGUUUUUUAAACUCAGUACUCAAAAGAAAAGUUUUCUUUCAGCUUAUUUCGUUUAAUUAGUUUAAUUAAAUCAACGUAAUUAGUUUCCUUUCAGCUUGAGUUAAUCAAGGGGCAAGAACAGUGUGCUUAAAUCUCAUUUGAAAGGGUGUGGGGGAAGGUCUGAUCAACACCCCUUCGAGCUCUGGAUUGGUACUGCCUCAUUCUGUUUCAGAUAAUAAUAAAGAAAAAGAGCUGAAUCAUUCAUUUUCUGGUGAAAGGCAUGUAAGAAGCGGCACCAAAAGCACUAUGCAUAGCUUUACAGAGAGCUCUAAGCCUCCGUUUUGCCCCCACCCCUUUUUCUUUUCUUCAGACAGCAGCAGAGCCCACACUAAAAGCAGUCAGAUAGCUCUUUAAAAAUCUGGGCAAGUGAAGAGUGCCCCAACGUGGCCCUAGUAACUGGGGCAAUCUGCUGAGAUGGAAAUACGGGUUUGAGUCUCCACAGAUCAAGGAGAGAACUGAUCCAGAUCCUCAUCUGGAGAGCUUGAACCCAUCAGGAUAUUAUGCAAAAGAUGGACAGCUUGAAUCAACAUUUUUCUGUGCUCAGGUAAUUAAAUCAGGCAAGAGUAGGGUUGACCACAGAUCUCUGACAUUUAUUGAUAUGCAGAGAAAUGUCCAACCAGCGUAAGGACAGGAAUGAAAACAGGCUUUGGGAGCUACACAAAAGCUUGAAAUAGCUCUAAAUUGUUAAAUGGAAUAAACAUCUUUGAGAAGGAGGUAUUAUUUAUAGCACCACAGCAGUUCUGCGUGCUAACAAGUAUGUGAAGUAAGUGCUAAGCUGGGAUUGCAAUCAAACAUAUGUUAUACAAAUGGAGUUGCUAUUUCAGCGGACGUGCUAAGCUAAAUAUAUAGCUGCUCCCUAAUUUUGCGCUCUGAUUUAUGUUGUAAUGACUGUUUGGAGGCACAUUCUCUCUCGGAAGCAUUUGUUCCCUUGUUAUCUUGAUAGCUAGCUUUUGCUUACCUUCUGUUUCUGAGCCCGAGGGGUGUAACUUGCUUUUCUUUCACCACUCAGCAGCACUGGGGAUUCUUGUUCUCUGCAGUUCUCCUGAGUUAAAGAAAAAUAAACAUGCACAAAGCCAUAUCAAGUGCUUAGGGUACAGCACAACCUCAUCUCUAGUCGUGGAAAGCACUUGACGUUGAUUAGCAGUAACAUCUACAAAUUAUUUCACUGUUGGAGUUGAAUAUUCCCUCUGAGAACAAACUUAUUUUUUUCCUUAAAACAAGGAAAGAAUCUUUCUUCCCCUUAAAGUUUGAAGGAUGGCUUCUUCCACAUCUCAGAGCUUAUCUCCCGUUCUGAUUCUGCCAUCAGCCCGUCUCCCUCACCACCUCCAUCUGUAAAAUGAGGCUGAGAUGCACUUUAUUUUUUUUUUUAAUGGCCUAAAUGCUGAGAGAGUCACUGGGUACAGAGAUCAAUAGUUUCAGGGCAGAAAAACAUCAGAGUUAGGGCAGAUGAUAAAUAAGUUAUUAGCUGUACCAUAAUGGCAUCUUCAGACAUGUGCAUGUCCAUGGCACAGUGGGAUUUCUUGUAAGACAGAAAGAUUAUUAUAAAGCAUCUUAGUGGAGUCCAGAAAGAAUCAGUCAUGGAUUUAUUUUACGUGUUUUUUUGGCUUGAUAUCGCUUAAUUGUCUAAUAAUGCCCAGUUACGAUAAAAGGACUGAAAUCAUACCUGAAUACUAAGAUGUCUUUGGGUCAUGCUGCUGUUCUUCAGAGUCAUUAGGAGACAGUGAGAGGAGUGUUUGCUUCUGCAGGUGGUGGUAGGGAAAUAAAAGGUGUAAAAUUAGACCUGGAGGAAUUCUUAAGUUAACAAGAAUGUGAAGGGGGAGAAUAAAGGAUCUAGGUGCGUUCAGGAAAAGAAAACAGCAAGGUAACAAUGGAGACAAAGAUUUUGUUGUGGAAGAAGGCUGUGAUUAAAAUGACUCCCUGGUCCUCUCCAGUUUUAAUCUCUUGUUAAGCAACUUAAAUAUUGUCCAUGCCAACAGUUACGCUAGUACCCUGUCAGAUGCAGACAGCUUUGCUUAAAUUUGCACGUGCUUUAAAUCGCCAAGCAUAUGCACUGCUGUAGUUACCCGUGUUUUAACUUGGAUGCUGAAUGUAAAUCGCUACUCGAGUUUACUGGCAGUAAAUAUCUGCAAUCAAUCAGAUUCAUUCCCAGUCAUAGAAAGGCUGGUGGGGACUGUACGUAAAGUUCAAAGGGUUGAUAAAUACGGCCUUCAGCCCAUGCCACGGACUGUGUAAAAUAAAUCUACGAUCUUCUGAUACUUCACGGAUAAAUGGAGAAGUUAUGAAGAAGACUUCUUUUGGAAGCACCCCAUCCCUUUUAACUUGGUGUCACUGCCCAGAAUUUCCACGUCUUUGGGAACAUGAAACUGUCCUUUAAUAUCUCCUUUAAAAUUCUUUAAUAUCUCCUUUACCCACGCACUGCUGGUCACAAACGUGCAGGGUACGAGCAGUGCUAAUUAAUAUGUGAUGCCCCCGUAAAAGUCUCAUGUGUGAAUUAGUACAGUCAGACAUGUCUGUGUUCUGUGUGAGAAGGGCUGGAUCGAGUAGAUCAUGCUGUCAGAUUCACUCAGGAAUAAUAGGAGCAAUGGUUUUCCUAUGGAUUCAAAAAUUUAAAAUAAAAAAAAAAGAAGGAACUACAGGGGAGGGCUCCAUGGAGUAAAUAAUUUAUUUUCUCUCUUACUUUCUUGUUCUUAAUCCUAAUUUGGGAUUUUUGGGGAUUUUUCUGUUGAUCAGAACUCGGUCCCUGAUUCACUAAGAGCUAUACUUUUGAAUGAAUGUUUUUUGGAAGGUGUCAAAAGAUGGUUUGACUUUCUUACCACUUUUAUAGGGAGCCUGUAGGGUAUCACACUUGAAAAUCUGGUUGCAUUUAUCUGCCUGUAAGUCUUCUGUGAACUGUUACUAAUAUGUAUUUUUGAAGACAGUAAAUAAAAUGUGAAUGAAGCAGUA